AUGCCUACCGUUCACUUCCCUGCUUAUGCUCUCACCGGUGGUCCCAACAUGAACGGGACAGGUGGUAGUGCUAAACCCGGUGUUGCUAGCGGCGCAUGCCCCAUGAAUACCGCAAACUACUAUGCUGCCCAGACCCAACCAAGAGUGGUGCCCAAGCUGCCCAAUACUCAAACUUAUCUCAAUCCUUCUGCAGAACAAAAUAACUACACUUAUCAAAACACAUUCCCUUAUAGCGACACGUUGAACAAUCGUUACUGCUAUUAUUACGCCGCCAUUCAACCACCAGUGCAAAAUCAUAACCAGUACAUUCCGGCCCCGCCACCACCUUCGAGGUCCAAUGUCUCGUCUUUCCAACCAAGUAACAAUAUUAUUACAGAACCUUCGUCCUUACCGGUUUCACCAAGAACAAGAAAGUUUCCAAGGACCCCGGAAACAUCACCGGUAAAUGGAACCACGGAUUUACAAUACAAAAAUUUACCACCAGAAUCCGCCAAUCAUCCUAUACUUUCACCAAUUUCUUACUCAAAUUUCAAAAACCAUAAUGAUAAUAUUCCAUUGCCCUCCAUUCAUAAUUUAUUUGGACAGGUCCCAAUGAAUUAUACUUCCCCUAAUGAUUGGUCAACUCCGACAUUUGAUACGUCAAGAGUCGCAAUGGCCUCUCACGUUCCUAGCAGCACAUUGGUGAAACUGCCCGGAUUCAAUUCAAUCUUAAAACAUGGUAAAAAGCAUAAUAUUACCAAACCCCCUACAAAGCAAAAGUCAAGAAGUUACAAUCGCCUAGUUAGAUCAUUUAAUUCAGAUGUUACAAUGUGUACACAUUGCAAAGAGAUAGACACUCCAGAAUGGAGACGCGGUCCCGAUGGAUGCAGAACCUUAUGUAAUGCAUGUGGAAUAUUUUACAGGAAACUUUUGGGUAGAUUUUCAAAAGAGGAAGCAAAUUUAAAGAUGCAAACACAAAAAUUAAUCAAUCCACAUGAUCGAAGAAUACGAAACUGA